AUGCGGAACGACAGUCCUGUGCCAGCCUCGGCCGAGGAUUGGCUUCGUGAGAAGGCUCCGGAACUGCUUCAGGCAGAGGAUGAGGCACAAAUUGCGCAGAUUGGCCAGAAGUUCUUCAAGCAGUACGGUCAGCAUUUCGUCGUCCGAUCUGGCAAGCACCGAAUGAAGACUUUCGCGGCAGUCGUCAAGGACGAUCCGAAAUUUGUGGAACGGGCGGUGCGGCAGUCCAACUCCAACACUGGUGCCAACAAGAACAUCCAAUUGCUUGCCGCAUUCGCGAGCCAGCAGUCCAGCCAGGAGACAGCCGAUAGCUUCAGGGGCGAAGCCGCGCGAAGCGCAGAGGAGUGCCAACCGUGCACGAAGGCCUUGAGGGAAUCAGAACGCGGGGCUGAAGCAUGGGACAUCUACGAUACGUUCCUCGCAUUCAUCGUCGAGCUCGCAAGACUGCUGAGAGCCCAGUGGCUUGAUGCCGAAGGCUUCAAUGUUUCGGAGUUCCUGUCGCCGUUAGUUCAAAAGGUGCCCUCAGUUCAUUACAAAUAUAUAUCACAAACUUUAUGUCAGCAACAUUUGUGUGCCAUCGGUCGAAUGUUACAAUACUCUGUCGUGACGUGUUACACUGUAUUUCACGGCUCUUCUACAUAUCUGGUCAGGUUCAGUUUGACAAAGCUCGGGUGCAAUACAGCCGCAGACAAAGCCCAUGCCUGCCUGUCCAGAAGAUGA